AACAAUAACAUGCAGUCUUCGGAGGGAUAUGGGUUCCGUGGUUCCACGAAUCCCGAGUACUCUCCCUCGCCUUUCCAUGAGAAUGGCAUUGGUGGUAAUGCAAAUGGGAACGAGAAGCCAUAUGAGACAGCAGCCGACAAUGAAGGGCUUUUCACGGAUACCUCCCCUGAUGGGCCGUUGCUUCCUGAUCCCAAUGAGAUGCGCGAGGAAGGAGCUGCAUUUCGUGAAUGGCGUCGUCAAAAUGCCAUUUAUCUUGAGGAGAAAGAGAAGAAGGAGAAAGAGAUGAGGAAUCAGAUUAUUGCUGAAGCUGAGGAGUACAAGCAACAGUUCCAUGCAAAGCGGAAACAGAAUUGUGAGACUAACAAGGCUCAGAAUAGGGAAAGAGAGAAACUUUACCUUAAAAAUCAAGAGAAGUUCCACAAGGAAGCUGACCAACAAUAUUGGAAAGCAAUAGCGGAGAUCAUUCCUCGUGAAGUUCCCAAUUUUGAGAAGAGAAGAGGGAAAAGGGAAGAGGAAAAGAAACCUUCUGUUUUGGUUAUUCAAGGGCCAAAGCCUGGGAAACCCACUGAUCUCACGAGAAUGCGUCAAAUGCUUCUGAAGUUGAAGCAGACACCUCCACCCCAUAUGUUACCACCCCCACCCAAACCUGAGAUAGAUGGCAAAGAUGCUAAGGGAGGGAAGGAUGCGAAGGACAUGAAGGAUCUGAAGGAUGCCAAGAAUGAGAAAGUUGGAACGCCAAACGAACUGAAGGAUGUAACAGAUGCUACUCCAGCAGCUUCUUUGGCUACCGCCUUAGACAAGCCCGGUUCACCUGCUAAAGAUGCAACAAAAAGUAGUACUCCUAAAACACCCACGCCAGAUGCAUCUUCUGCUACCAAUGAUAAUAAAGAAGCCGAGAUGGAGGCUGCCUCUAUCGCUUGAUGGGUACCUGGUCUUCGUUUAUUUAUUCCUUUUAUUUGUUUUCUUCAUCCUUAAUUUAGUUAUCUUACCACUAGCAAAGGAAUAAAAGAAGCUCUCUUUGAUGCCUAUUCUCUGCGGAAGAGAAUGCACUGAGCUCUGUUCUAACUACUUUCUUUUUACA